UCAUUACUCACUCACAUUGGUGUCAUGAUGAAUGUGUCAUUUUCUAGCAAAGAAACAUAUUUUCCAUGCAUGCCCAUACUGGGCCGAGAGAAGUUGAUUUGAGGUAACAUCAUGCGUCAGUGUCAGUGGGAGCUGCGGAGAGAGAAGGGGAGGCCAAAGAGCAAGCGAGUAAGAGGAAGUUAGUCAUUUUCCACCACCAGAGAAUCUCGCACACCUUCAGAGGACUGUCAGGGCAAACAUGCAAGAAGUAAAAUGCUGAGUCCAUCCAGGCCAGGCCGAAAGAUGUGCAGUGAUGAGGACAGUUCUGGAUGUGACACGGGGUCGGAGGUCAGCUCUGAACCCCAGACAGACCGCUUUGGCUUCAUCGUGUCCAAUGGAUCUGAAGCCUGCAGGACUGUGGGCCCACGACCUCAACUGGUCAGACAGAGGGAAGCCAAGUGGAUCAAUGUCAUGGACCAAUGGGAAAGCAUCUUGUUAAAAAAGAACAACAUGGUCAAAGUUCAGUGUCAGAAAGGCAUCCCAUCCUCACUCCGAGCAAAGUGCUGGCCUCGGCUGUGUGGCGCCGUCACCAGGAUUAACAACAGCAAACACCUCUUCCAGUCUCUGGACUCAAAGGUCGCUCCGCAGCAGUGGGUGGCCGUCAUUGAGAGAGAUCUGGACCGACAGUUUCCUUUCCACGAGAUGUUCCUCUCCAAGGAGGGACACGGGCAGCAAGGAUUGUUCCGGGUGUUGAAAGCCUACACUCAGUACAAACCCGAGGAAGGGUACUGCCAGGCUCAAGGACCAGUGGCUGCAGUCCUCUUGAUGAACAUGCCAGCUGAGGAGGCCUUCUGGUGUCUGGUGCAAAUUAGUGAGCUCUACCUACCAGGAUACUACAGCCCUCUGCUGGAAGGAGUCUUGUUCGAUGCAACGAUGCUGACCUGGGUUUUGAAAAGAGCUUGCCCCCCCGCAUACAAACACCUGCAGCAGCACGGGGUGGAGCCCCUGAUGUUCGCCACAGACUGGCUGAUGUGUUUGUUCACACGCCACCUGCCCUUCAACACCCUGCUACGAGUGUGGGACCUGUUUUUCUGCAAUGGGGUGCGGGUGCUGCUGCAGGUGGCAGUGGUGCUGGUGCGGAGGGUGCUGGGUCGGGCCGAGCAAAGAAAGCGGUGCCAGGGUCAGAUGGAGACUCUGCAGAGGCUGAGAGAUGUCAGGUGUGAGGUCCAAGAAGUGGAGGACGACUUCAUCGCAGAGGUGUGUGCUAUCCCACUAUCAGCCAGCGAUCUGGAGAGACACACGGAGAAGGAGCUGGCAAAGUGGAGAAAAGACAGACCCUCGUCCACCUUUGACCCCAGAGGUCGCUGCCAGGGUUACCGUAUGGCAUGGGCGAGGGCUCAAGACAACCAGGAGGACCUGGAAAAGAAAGAGAGAGAGACGGGGAAUCUGUCUGUGCCCCUCACCCGCUCGGCUUCCAGCCUGUCGCUGUCUUCCUCCAGGUGGAGGAAAGGCGGGAACGUCUGGGAAAGAGUUCCGAGGCAUCUCUCAAAGGACUGGAGGAGCUGCAACGAGUUGAGCUUUAAGGAUACAGGUGGCAUUAACCCACAAAGAGGCAUGGCAAAGAGAGAAAUGACACAAACUGAAGCGAUGAAAAACGUGGAAAAGAUGCAGAAAAGAAAGACAGACUUGGAGCAGGACAACUCCAAAGAAGCUGCCAAAAGCUCUCAAUCCCCAACAGUAACGCAUCGGCCAGAUGACAGGAGCUCCUCGCAGAAGGAUAAAUAUCACAGGACUGAGUCAUCAGAAGACACCGCGGGGGGGCCCCGCCUCCAAAGAAAGGAGCAAGGUGACGCUCUGGCGCAGACCCAAGAAGACAAGGCCGGGGAACACGCAAACAUCAUGCAGCAACAAUUGGCAGCUGAUAUGCAAAGUAGUGCAAAGAUAUGUCACACGAAUACCGUUGUUGAACACGUCCAUCAGGGAGGGGGUGCACAAAGCACAAGUAAAAAAAAACAAGCAAAUGAGGAAAUAAAUCUCAACCAAGCCUGCAAGGCGACUGGGAGUCUUGCACGGAAGGAGAAAAGCGGUUACAGUAGCUGCAACAGAAGCCUUUCCGGUGACGUCUGUAUCCGCAAGUCCUCCAGGUUAACACGCCGCCUCUCAAAAGAUCUCUUCACCGACCCCCGUCAAGCACCUGCCAACUCUCCAAACCCGACCGUUCCUCACACUGAACCAGCUAAACAUUUUAGUCUCUUCCGCAGGCAACCCAAAAAUGUGGUGGGCACCGGAAUACAAGUCCCUACGAUCUUGAUCCAGGACUUUAGUGAUGAGCUAGUGGAAGAGGAGGAGAGGAGGAGGAGGAGGAGGUGGUGGCAGCCACAGGAGCAGGAAAGGAGGGAUAAAGAGGAGGAGAAGAAGGAGAAAGAGGGAGAGAGGAGGAAACCGCAAACAAGGGGUAAAAGUUUUCAGGUCCAGCGAGAGACAAUGAAAAGUUCUUUUUCCUAUGCUGAAUCUUACUUUUAACACAUUCCAUUUUCUUGGCAUGUUUAGGAAAUUCAGGUUGAUUUAUUCAAAGCUCCUCAGAAAAAAUCUAGUGCUUUAUGUUUCUUUUCAACAUGAUUCCUAAAAGGUCACACUGUAGCCCAACAACAAUGAUAAUAAUAAUAAAAGAGGAGAUGACUAUUUUGCACUCACGCAUGGUGGUUGCUAGGGCCGCAAGGUGGCUGAGUGGUGAGCACACAGUCACACAGGCCACACAGUCAGGAGAAGAUCUGGGUUUGAAUCUCCGCUGUGUGGAGUUUGCAUGUUCUCCCCAUGCGUGCGUGGGUUUUCUUCGGGUACUCCGGUUUCCUCCCACGUUCCAAAAAAACGUGCACGUUAGGUUCAUUGGCGACUCGAAAUUGUCCAUAGUUAUCAUUGUGAGUGUGAAUUAUUGUUUGUCUCGAUGUGCCCUGCGAUUGGCUGGCGACCAGUCCAGGAUGUACCCCGCCUCUCGCCCGAAGUCAGCUGGGAUAGAUGGUGGUUGCUAUUAGCAUUAUUUUCUCCAAAAUAAAAGUUCAGGCUUUACCACUCAAAAUAACACUUGGUCUAAGGCUUUUCAUCACCACUCAUCAGUUUCUGUCAGUCAGUCGUCCUCACUAUCACUGGCCAGCACUUCCUGGUUGCUCGUCUGUGAAGAUGUAGGAAGCACUGACCCGAAGAACAAGGAACAGAACUGGGGAAGAACACAAAGGGGUUGGAAUAUUAGAGAUAAUUAUACCUAACUUUCUGCGGUACGUCACCACAAGCCAAAGAAGACAACUGCAAAUGAUGUUUGAACGAUGACUGUGGAGCCUCCAAAGGCAAACACGAUCCUUUUUGUGUCGCUGGUUGACUUCCAAGUUGUUCUGAUUUCAAAACAAUUUUUCCCAUGAAAAAAUAAUGCAAACUGAAUUCAUUUCUUCCAGGUUGUUGCCAUCAUAAAACCCUUAAAGGAAAACUGCACCUUUUAAAAUUUAUGUUGCCCCUCAUCCACAAUCCUUAUGAGACGUGAACACACGUCUUUCUCUUUUGUGUGCCUUCUAAAUAUAUAAAAACAGCUAAAAAAAGGCAGCUGAUUAAUGCACGUAAUGGGACACACCUAUUCCGCCUAGAAAGCCUGCUAUUUAAAGGUUUUAUGGUUUUAUAUACAUUCUGUGACCAUGCAGUAACAGGUACAUUCAUGAUCACAUAUGACGUGUGUUCAUGCCUCAAAUAAGGAGUGCGGAUAAUGGACAAAAUUCCCCAAAAAAAGAGCAGUUUUCAAAAGAGCAGUGUAAAAAUAUGUUAACCACUCUAUAAUAAAAUAAAG